AUGGACGUGGACGUGGACGUGGACGUGGACGUGGACAUGGACGUGGACAUGGACGUGGACGUGGACGUGGACGUGGACGUGGACGUAGAAAUGAACGUGGACGUGGACGUGGACGUGCACAUGGAAAUGGACGUAGACAUGGACGUGGACGUGGACGUGAACGUGGACGUGGACGUGGACGUGGACAUGGACGUGAACGUGGACAUGAACGUGGACGUGGUCGUGGACGUGGACGUGGACGUGGACGUGGACGUGGUCAUGGAUGUGGACGUGGACAUGGACGUGGUCGUGGUCGUGGACAUGGACGUGGACGUGGAGGACGUGGACGUGGAGGACGUGGACGUGGACGUGGAGACGUGGACUGGACAUGGACACGUGGACAUGGACGUGGACAUGGACGUGGACAUGGACGUGGACGUGGACGUGGACGUGGACAUGGACGUGGACGUGGACGUGGACGUGGACAUGGACGUGGACGUGGACGUGGACGUGGACGUGGAAAUGGACGUGGACGUGGACGUGGACAUGGACGUGGACGUGGACGUGGACGUGGACAUGGACGUGGACGUGGACGUGGACGUGGACGUGGAAAUGGACGUGGACGUGGACGUAGAAAUGGACGUAGACAUGGACGUGGACGUGGACAUGGACGUGGACGUGGACGUGGACGUGGAUAUAGACGUGGACGUGGACGUGGACGUGGACAUGGACGUGGAGAUGGACAUGGACGUGGACGUGGAUGUGGACGUGGACGUGGACGUGGACGUGGACGUGGACGUGGACAUGGACGUGGACGUGGACGUGGACGUGGACGUAGAAAUGGACGUGGACGUGGACAUGGACGUGGACGUAGACGUGGACGUGGACGUGGACGUGGACGUGGACGUGGACGUGGACAUGAACGUGGACGUGGACGUGGACGUGGACGUGGACGUGGUCGUGGACGUGGACGUGGACGUGGACGUGGACAUGGACGUGAACGUGGACGUGGACAUGGACGUGGACAUGGACAUGGACGUGGACAUGGACGUGGACAUGGACGUGGACGUGGACAUGGACGUGGACGUGGACGUGGACAGGCAUGGACGUGGACGGGGACGUGGACGGGACGGGGGACGUGGACGUGGACGUGGACACGUGGACGUGGACGUGGACAUAGACGUGGACGUGGACGUGGACGUGGACAUGGACGUGGACGUGGACGUGGACAUGGACGUGGACGUGGACAUGGACGUGGACGUGGACAUGGACGUGGACGUGGACAUGGACGUGGACGUGGGACAUGGACUGGACGUGGUCGUGGUCGUGGACGUGGACGUGGACGUGGGCGUGGUCAUGGACGUGGACGUGGACAUGGACGUGGUCGUGGUCGUGGACAUGGACGUGGACGUGGAGGACGUGGACGUGGAGGACGUGGACGUAGACGUGGAGGACGUGGACGAGGACGUGGAGGACGUGGACGGGGACGUGGACGUGGAAGUGGACGUGGAGGUGGACGUGGACCUGGACGUGGACCUGGACGUGGACCUGGACGUGGACCUGGACGAGGACGUAGACAUGGACGUGGACUUGGACGUGGACCUGGACGUGGACGUGGACGUGGACGUGGACGUGGACGUGGACAUGGACGUGGACGUGGACAUGGACAUGGAUGUGGACAUGGAGAUGGACGUGGACGUAGACGUGGACGUGGACGUGGACGUAGAAUUGGACGUGGACGUGGAAGUGGACGUGGACGUGGACGUGGACGUGGACGUGGAUGUAGACGUGGACGUGGACGUAGACAUGGAUGUGGACAUGGAUGUGGACGUGGACGUGGACGUGGACGUGGACGUGGACGUAGAAAUGGACGUGGACGUACAAAUGGACGUGCACGUGCACGUGGACCUGGACGUGCACGUGGACGUAGUUGUGGACGUGGACGUGGACGUGGACGUGAACGUGGACGUGGUCGUGGACGUGGUCAUGGUCGUGGACGUGGACGUGGACGUGGACGUGGUCAUGGACGUGGACGUGGACAUGGACGUGGUCGUGGUCGUGGACAUGGACGUGGACGUGGUCGUGGACGUGGACGUGGACGACGUGGACGUCGAGGACGUGGACGAGGACGUGGAGGACGUGGACGAGGACGUGGAGGACGUGGACAUCGACGUGGACGUGGUCGUGGACGUGGACGUGGACGUGGACCUGGACGUGGACCUGGACGUGGACCUGGACGUGGACGUGGACGCGGACGUGGACGUGGAAGUGGACGUGGACGUGGACGUGGACCUGGACGUGGACCUGGACGUGGACAUGGACGUGGACAUGGACGUGGACGUAGACGUGGACGUGGACGUGGACGUGGACGUAGACAUGGACGUGGACGUGGACGUGGACGUACACAUGGACAUGGACGUGGACGUGGACGUGGACGUGGACAUGGACGUGGACAUGGACAUGGACGUGGACGUGGACGUGGACGUGGACGUAGAAAUUGACGUGGACGUGGAUGUGGACGUGGACGUGAACCUGGACCUGGACGUGGACAUGGACGUGGACGUGGACAUGGACGUGGACGUGGACGUGGACGUGGACGUAGACAUGGACGUGGACAUGGACGUUGACGUGGACGUGGACGUGGACAUGGACGUGGACGACAGAGUGGACGUGGACGGGACGUGGACCUGGACGUGGACGUGGACAUGGACGUGGGACGUGGACGUGGACGUGGACGUCGAAGUGGACGUGGACGUGGACCUGGACCUGGACGUGGACCUGGACGUGGACGUGGACGUGGACGUGGACGUGGACAUGGACGUGGACAUGGACGUGGACGUGGAAGUGGACGUGGACGUGGACGUGGAACUGGACGUGGACGUGGACGUGGCCGUGGACGUGGACAUGGACGUGGACGUGGACGUAGAACUGGACGUGGACAGUGGACGUGGACUGGACGUGGACGUGGACGUGGAAAUGGACGUGGACGUUGACGUCGAAAUGGACGUGGACGUGGACGUGGACGUGGACGUGGACGUGGACGUGGACGUGAACGUAGAAAUGGACGUGGACAUAGAAAUGGACGUGGACGUAGAAAUGGACGUGGAUGUGGACGUGGUUGUGGACGUGGACGUGGACGUGGAGGUGGAAGUGGACGUGGACGUGGACGUGGAAGUGGACGUGGACGUGGACGUGGAGGUGGACGUGGACGUGGACGAGGAGGACAUGGACGUGGACGUGGACGUGGACGUGGACGUGGACGAGGACGAGGACGUGGACGUGGACGUGGACGUGGACGUGGACGUGGACGUGGACGUGGACGACAUGGACGUGGACGUGGACGUGGACGUGGACGUUGACGUGGAUGUGGACGAGGACGUGGACGUGGACGUGGACGUGGACGUAGAAAUGGAGGUGGACGUGGACGUGGACGUGGACGUGGACCUGGACGUGGACGAGGACGUGGACGUGGACGUGGAGGAUGUGGACGUGGACGUGGACGUGGACGUGGACGUGGACAUGGACGUGGACGUGGAAGUGGACGUGGACGUGGACGUAGAAAUGGAGGUGGACGUGGACGUGGACGUGGACGUGGACAUGGACGUGGACGUGGACGUGGACGUCGACGUCGACGUGGACGUGGACAUGGACGUGGACGUGGACAUGGACGUGGACGUAGACGUGGACGUGGACAUGGACGUGGAUGUGGAAGUGGACGUGGACGUGGACGUGGAAGUGGACGUGGACGUGGACGUGGAGGUGGACGUGGACGUGGACGUGGAGGUGGACGUGGACAUGGACGUGGACGUGGACCUGGACCUGGACCUGGACGUGGACAUGGACGUGGACGUGGACAUGGACGUGGACGUGGACAUGGACGUGGACGUGGACGUGGAAGUGGACGUGGACGUGGACGUGGACGUAGAAAUGGACGUGGACGUGGACGUGGACGUGGACGUGGACCUGGACGUGGACAUGGACGUGGACGUGGACAUGGACGUGGACGUGGACGUGGACGUAAACGUGAACGUGGACGUAAAAAUGGACGUGGACGUGGACGUGGACGUGGACGUGGACGUGGACAUGGACGUGGACGUGGACGUGGAUGUGAACAUGGACGUGGACGUGGAAGUGGACGUGGACGUGGACGUAGAAAUGGACGUGGACGUGGACGUGGACGUGGACGUGGACAUGGACGUGGACGUGGACGUGGACGUGGACGUGGACGUGGACGUGGACGUGGACGUGGACAUGGACGUGGACGUGGACAUGGACGUGGACGUGGACGUGGACGUGGACGUGGACGUGGACGUGGACGUGGAAAUGGACGUGGACGUGGACGUGGACGUCGAAAUGGACGUGGACGUGGACGUGGACGUGGACGUUGACGUAGAAAUGGACGUGGACGUAGAAAUGGACGUGGACGUAGAAAUAGACGUGGACGUGGACGUGGUUGUGGACGUGGACGUGGACGUGGACGUGGAGGUGGAAGUGGACGUGGACGUGGACGUGGAAGUGGACGUGGACGUGGACGUGGAGGUGGACGUGGACGUGGACGUGAAGGUGGACGUGGACAUGGACGUGGACGUGGACGUGGACCUGGACCUGGACGUGGACAUGGACGUGAACGUAGACAUGGACGUGGACGUGGACAUGGACGUGGACGUGGACGUGGAAGUGGACGUGGACGUGGACGUGGACGUAGAAAUGGACGUGGACGUGGACGUGGACGUGGACCUGGACGUGGACAUGGACGUGGACGUGGACAUGGACGUGGACGUGGACGUGGACGUAAACGUGAACGUGGACAUAAAAAUGGACGUGGACGUGGACGUGGACGUGGACGUGGACGUGGACCUGGACGUUGACGUGGACGUGGACGUGGACGUGGACGUGGACGUGGACGUGGAGGACAUGGACGUGGACGUGGACGUGGACGUGGACGAGGACGAGGACGUGGACGUGGACGUGGACGAGGAGGACAUGGACGUGGACGUGGACGUGGACGUGGACGUGGACGAGGACGAGGACGUGGACGUGGACGUGGACGUGGACGUGGACGUGGACGUGGACGAGGACGUGGACGUGGACGUGGACGUGGACAUGGACGUGGACGUGGACGUGGACGUGGACGUGGACGUGGACGUGGACGUGGACGUGGACGUAGACGUGGACGUGGACGUGGAUGUGGAGGUGGAAGUGGACGUGGACGUGGACGUGGAAGUGGACGUGGACGUGGACGUGGAGGUGGACGUGGACGUGGACGUGGAGGUGGACGUGGACAUGGACGUGGACGUUGACCUGGACCUGGACCUGGACGUGGACAUGGACGUGGACGUGGACAUGGACGUGGACGUGGACAUGGACGUGGACGUGGACGUGGAAGUGGACGUGGACGUGGACAUGGACGUGGACGUGGACAUGGACGUGGACGUGGACAUGGACGUGGACGUGGACGUGGAAGUGGACGUGGACGUGGACGUGGACGUAGAAAUGGACGUGGACGUGGACGUGGACGUGGACGAGGACCUGGACGUGGACAUGGACGUGGACGUGGACAUGGACGUGGACGUGGACGUGGACGUAAACGUGAACGUGGACGUAAAAAUGGACGUGGACGUGGACGUGGACGUGGACGUGGACGUGGACAUGGACGUGGACGUGGACGUGGACGUGAACAUGGACGUGGACGUGGAAGUGGACGUGGACGUGGACGUAGAAAUGGACGUGGACGUGGACGUGGACGUGGACGUGGACAUGGACGUGGACGUGGACGUGGACGUGGACGUGGACGUGGACAUGGACGUGGACGUGGACGUGGACAUGGACGUGGACGUGGACAUGGACGUGGACGUGGACGUGGACGUGGACGUGGACGUGGACGUGGAAAUGGACGUGGACGUGGACGUGGACGUCGAAAUGGACGUGGACGUGGACGUGGACGUGGACGUGGACGUAGAAAUGGACGUGGACGUAGAAAUGGACGUGGACGUAGAAAUGGACGUGGACGUGGACGUGGUUGUGGACGUGGACGUGGACGUGAACGUGGACGUGGACGUGGAGGUGGAAGUGGACGUGGACGUGGACGUGGAAGUGGACGUGGACGUGGACGUGGAGGUGGACGUGGACGUGGACGUGGAGGUGGACGUGGACAUGGACGUGGACGUGGACGUGGACCUGGACCUGGACGUGGACAUGGACGUGAACGUAGACAUGGACGUGGACGUGGACAUGGACGUGGACGUGGACGUGGAAGUGGACGUGGACGUGGACGUGGACGUAGAAAUGGACGUGGACGUGGACGUGGACGUGGACAUGGACGUGGACAUGGACGUGGACGUGGACGUGGAUAUGGACGUGGACGUGGACGUGGACGUGGACGUGGACGUGGAAAUGGACGUGGACGUGGACGUGGACGUCGAAUGGACGUGGACGUGGACGUGGACGUGGACGUGGACGUAG